AUGCCGGCUCCAAAGCGGUUGCGAGAGUUGGUGAGAGACAUUAGAUCUGCUCGAACUGCUGCUGAAGAACGGGCAAUUGUAAACAGAGAGUGUGCUUUAAUUAGAGAUAGUUUUCGGGAAGAAAAUAACACUUACAGAUGUCGUAAUGUGGCCAAAUUGUUAUACAUUCACAUGUUGGGUUACCCAGCACAUUUCGGUCAGCUCGAAUGCUUAAAACUGGUUGCUUCUCCACGUUUCACCGAUAAAAGAGUUGGUUAUUUGGGCGCAAUGCUUCUACUUGAUGAACGAACUGAUGUACACCUUCUUGUUACAAAUUCCUUAAAAAUGAUUUAA